AUGCGCAAGUGGGGGAAAUGGGUGGCGGAGAUCAGGGAGCCCAACAAGCGCUCCAGAAUCUGGCUGGGCUCCUACUCCUCCCCCGUCGCCGCCGCCCGCGCAUACUACACCGCCUUCUUCCUCCUCCGCGGCCCCACCACCCGCCUCAACUUCCCCGACUGCGUCCCCGAGUACGGCCACCAGGACCUCUCCGCCGCCGCCAUCAGGAAGAAGGCCACCGUGUUCAUCUCCGGCGUCGACCCCUACGCCAUGAACUUCCGCUUCCCCCCGGAGACGUCGUCGCCAAAGCCAUCGCCGCCACCGCGGAACCCUAACCUCUCCAAAUUCCCCGAGCUCGAGCUCCCCGACUUGGCCGGCGAAGGUCUGCAUGAGGGAAGAGGUGGAGAUGCUGAGAGAAGGCACGAGCUUUGCUGUCGCUACGGCGGUGGGGAGAGAGAGUGGGAGGCGGUGGUGGAUGAUGUUGUGCAUUACAGCAAUGGAAUAGCAAUUGCGACGACAAAUCUGCAACAAUGGUUCACUGACAGCGGCUAUGGUGAGGUGAUGGCGUUGAAGGGGUGUGACAGCCGUGAGAGUCUGGCGACAGCACAUGCUGUCUCAUGCCGGCGACGACGUCUGUACCGCGAAGAUGAAGAUGCUGAAUCGGCGGAUUUAGAUGCUGAAUCGGCGGAUUUAGAUGUUGAAUCGACCGAUGGAGAUGUUGAAUUGGGGAUGAUUGUCGUUGAUUUCAGUUGA